AUGGACGGCAGCGCCAGUGUCAGGAGAGCCCUGUGCGGGACUCUGGUGCCCGCCACCCUCACCGCCGAAGUCGUCAGGUCGGAACCCACCGACGCAGACACCCUCGCGGAAAAGCCACGCAAAAAGGUCCUCAACGAGGAGGAUUACAUUGAGAGUUUGGAGAAAAUCGUCCAGAGAGACUUCUUCCCGGAUGUGACUAAACUGCAGGCUCAGAAGGACUAUCUCGACGCAGAGGAGAGCGGCGACCUAGAGCGCAUGCGAGAAAUCUCCAUCCGCUAUGGGAAGUCCAAAACUACACCCCAGUCCUCGGCGCCAUAUGUGACGCCGGCUAGCUUUGAGACACCAGUGGGCCGAGCAGGUUCCCCGUCCAUUUCCAACAGAGGCGCAGAUGCUGAAAGCGUGGUAGGCGACAAAGGCGAGGAGAAGGAACUUCCAUCACUGGAUCGCUUCCUUGCCAGAAAUACCAGUGAGGACAACUCGUCCUUCGAGCAGAUCAUGGAGCUGGCUGAUGACAAGGAGAAGAUGAAGCACGCGUGGUUGUACGAGGCCGAAGCAGAGUUCAAACAGCGUCACCAGUCAAACCUCGCCCUACCAGAAGCAGAGAAGGCCGCUCUGCAGUGUGUAAAAGCCGGCCUGGAAACGUGGGAAUAUAAAGCCAAGAAUGCCUUGAUGUACUAUCCGGAAGGCGUCCCAGACGAUGAGGUGAUCUUCAAGAAACCUCGCGAGGUAGUUCACAAGAACACGCGCUUCACCGGCGACCCGUUCAGCAAAGCGCUAAACAAGAGCCAGAUUCAGCAAGCAGCUGCACUUAACGCACAGUUCAAACAGGGUAAAGUGGGUCCAGACGGCAAAGAGUUAAUCCCGCACGAUUCUCCCAUGGUCAACGGUUACGGCUUUGAAAGGACGCCUUCUCCUGCCCCUGGUGUGGCCGAAUCACCUCUAAUGACGUGGGGCGAAAUCGAGGGCACGCCAUUCCGUUUGGACGGAUCCGAUACGCCGUACGCCGAGAGGAACCAUGGCCCUUCGUUUAAGAUUCCCGAGCCGGGGAGACGAGAGCGACUAGGUUUGAAGAUGGCCAACGAAGCUGCCGCCAAAAAUCGAGCUAAAAAACAGGAGGCCUUGAGGAAAGUUACUGAGAACCUGGCUAGCCUGACUCCGAAAGGCCUGAGCCCAGCGCUGACGCCAGCGCUGCAGCGACUGGUCAACCGCACGUCCAGCAAGUACACGGACAAAGCUCUUCGGGCCAGCUACACGCCGUCGCCUUCCCACCGUGCCGUCGGCCUAAAGUCGCCCUUCGGCGGUGCGGCCACGCCCUCGGGCACACCCACAUCCGACAAAGCCAAGACGCCGGACGUGUCGUCGCUUACAGACAAUCUGCUACAGCUUCCCAAGAGGCGGAAAGCCUCUGACUUUUUCUAA